CCUUCCUUCCUUCCUUCCUUCCUCAUCCUGCUCUCUCUCUCUCUCUCUCUGCUUUUAGUGAAAUCCCUUGAAUUUUGAAAUUCCUGUUCUGUUGCUGGAAGAACCCCAGAAGAAAAGCAUCCAAUUUGCGCUUUUUUUUUUUUGAUUUAACAGUUUAAAAAUAUUUCCCCCCUUCAUUUCUUCUUUUUGUCUUCUAAACUACACGUUCUUUCCCCAAGUAUCGUGAACUCUCGGAGACUCGGGCCCACUUCGAUUUUCUUCUCGAUGCCCUUUUUGGUUUGCCCUCGGGUGUUUUGAAUUGGCUGAGCGAUUCGAGGAAGUUAAACCCACGAUCGAACUGAUUAUAUGUCUUUAGGUGAUAGAAUGGAAUCGACUAGCCUUGAUAGUACUGUAUCAUCCUUGACUAUGGAUGAUGAUGAGCAUAUUCCCCAUCAGUUUUCCUCUAUCACGAAGCUGCACAACAAUGGUCCUGGUACUACCAGCGUCCACGAGUUGCUUGAAUGCCCUGUCUGCACCAGCUCCAUGUAUCCUCCAAUCCAUCAGUGUCACAAUGGGCAUACACUUUGUUCAACUUGUAAGACAAGGGUACACAAUCGAUGUCCGACUUGUAGACAGGAACUUGGGGAUAUAAGGUGUCUGGCGCUGGAGAAAAUAGCAGAAUCACUUGAACUGCCUUGCAGAUACGGCUCUCUUGGUUGUCCAGAGAUAUUUCCCUAUUAUAGCAAACUCAAACACGAGGCUAUUUGUAACUUCAGACCAUACAACUGCCCCUAUGCUGGAUCAGACUGUUCUGUUGUUGGGGAUAUUCCAUACCUUGUUGCUCAUUUACGGGAUGACCACCGGGUUGAUAUGCAUUCAGGAUGCACAUUUAACCAUCGCUAUGUCAAAUCUAAUCCUGUGGAAGUAGAAAAUGCUACAUGGAUGUUAACUGUAUUCCACUGUUUUGGUCAGUACUUCUGUCUCCAUUUUGAAGCCUUCCAGCUUGGCAUGGCUCCUGUUUACAUGGCAUUCCUCCGGUUCAUGGGCGAUGAAAGAGAAGCUCGGAGCUACAGUUACAGCCUGGAGAUAGGAGGGAACGGACGAAAACAAAUAUGGGAAGGAAGCCCAAGAAGCAUAAGAGACAGCCAUAAGAAAGUUAGAGACAGCCAUGAUGGCCUUAUCGUGUACAGAAACAUGGCACUUUUCUUCUCAGGCGGGGACCGGAAAGAGUUGAAGCUUCGAGUCACCGGAAGGAUAUGGAAAGAACAGCAAAACCCUGAAGGUGGAGUGUGCAUACCCAACCUCUGUAGUUAAAUGGAGAUUCAAGUAGUAACGUGAUUGCUAUCUGUAGAUAAUUUUGGAAUGAACAAACACUUGGAUAAAAUUUCCAAUGUGUUUGCUCUCAGAUUCUCUAAUAAACACAUGACAUCUAAUAUAAUCUUUAGCCCAAUCAGAAGGAAGAAAAUGUACUUGUUAUGUUUUUAUUGGAGAAUCUGAUAACAAACGCAUAAGAAUUGUACCCAAGUGUUUGCCCUGCUGAAAAGUGUUGCGUUACAGCAGAUGAUGAAGGUUUAAACUUGAAAAAAUAACACAUCUAUAGUUUAUUCCUCCUCUCUUCUGGAUUCAUAUCCAUGAUGCUGUAAUCAUAUGCUAAAUUCAUUAAGAAGCUUUCCCUCACCCUUCCCCACAUAUAGUA